UUCUCCCCCUCCCUUUUUGUGCCUCUCCGUUCAUAUAACUCAGGCUGCCAACAGCCAGCAUUUGCCCACUGAACUUGCUGGCCCUGAGCGUGCAAAGGUGCUGCGAGUUUCUGAAAACAAAUACUUUCUUCUCGGAGACCAAGAUGUGGCUUUGCCUGGCUAUCACUGCAGUGCUAGGAGGAACAAUUCUACACAAACUCAAGACCCCAGGACAACUAGGGAAAAAGGUGGUCUACUUGGCAGGCCUCUGGGGAGGGGCUUGCCUACUCAGCCUGUCCCUCUUUGGGGGCUUAAUCUUUCUCGCUCUGUCAUGCUUCCUCAUAUAUAAUUACUUCUCUGGACAAGCAUUGUUACCUGUGGAUCAAAAGGCUGUUCUGAUCACAGGCAGUGAUUCUGGGAUUGGCCAUGCUUUGUGCAAGUAUCUGGAUGAAGUGGGCUUCACUGUAUUUGCUGCUGUUCUGAAUGAAAAUGGAUCAGGAGCAGAGGAAUUGCGAAGAACCUGCUCCAGGCGUCUCUCUGUGCUCCAACUGGACAUCACUGACCCAGAGCAGAUAAAAGAAGCCCACAGUAAAGUGGUGGAAAAGGUGCAGAACAGAGGACUAUGGGCUGUGAUCAACAAUGCUGGGAUCAUUGGCUUCCCAGCUGACGGGGAGCUCAUUCCCAUGACUGAAUAUAAGCGAUGCAUGGCUGUGAACUUCUUUGGGGCAGUGGAAGUCACGAAGGCAUUUUUGCCUCUCCUUAGGAAAUCUAAGGGGAGGUUGGUGAAUGUUAGCAGCAUGGCAGGAGGGGUCCCUAUGGAAAUGUUGGCAGCUUAUGGUUCAUCAAAAGCAGCUCUGACUAUGUUUUCUGCAAUCAUGAGACAAGAGCUCUCCAAAUGGGGAGUGAAAGUCUCUGUCAUCCAACCAGGAGGCUUCAAAACAAAUAUCUCAGGCACAAGUGACAUGUGGGACAAGUUGGAGAAGAAUAUCCUGGACCAUCUAUCCCCAGAUGUGCAACAAGACUACGGCCAGGACUAUAUUCUUAAGCUACGAAAUUUUCUCAGGUUUCUCAACAUGCACAGCAAGUCAGAUAUGUCCCCAGUGCUCCUGGAUAUCUGGCAUGCGGUCUCUGCUGAGCACCCUUUUGCAUUUUAUGCUCCCGGGAGAGGCUCCUAUCUAUUUCUCUGCCUUGCUUCCUUUUUCCCAGCAGGCAUAAUUGAUUAUUGCUUAAAAAAAAUGCCAAAGUUUGGAAAGACUAUGCCCAGUGCUUUAAUUAAGCCUAACUAGAAUGAUAAAGUCAUGUAGGAAAUAUUAGCUUCUUGGAAUGAAAGGGAAUCUUGAGUAUCUGAAGAUGAGGCUUCCCUAGAUAGCUUGAAUAGGACAUCCCAAAAUGUAUUACUUUUAUAUAUGAAUUGCUUUGAGCUAAGUUCAAGAGAAACUUUCCCCAUUUCCUUAAACUACCUAGAAGAGCAAAAAUUGUGGCUCUUAUCAGAUUUAGGGUUGUCUCCAAAAAUUGCUUUUUAAUUUUUUUUUUAAUCAGAGAAUCUUGUCUGUUAUGACAGGGCAAACUUUUAAUUAUGGAGUGUCUAGUUCUUUUGGCAUGAGUACUCUUCCACUCUCUUUGAGUCUCUAUGCUCUAGUUCAUUUCUUAGCUCAGUAUAAAUAACCUUCCAUUUAUUUUAGAGUUGACAUACAUGUAGAUUUUUUUUAUUGUGUCUGUAAUUAAACUUGUUCUUUUCUUCUACAAAUCUCUCUGAUGUUAAUUUGGCUGCUUGACUAGACUAGACUGAGAAGAAUCCAGAGAGAUGGAAAGAAA